GCGUCAGGGAUGGUGUACGCUCCGAUUGGUUAGCGCCGGUUCCGGCUCUCCAAAUAAGGCAGGCGCCCGCCCGGGGGCCCAUUCAUACGGCAGCGGGGGCCCCAGCGCGUACGCCGCACAUUGAUGGGGGCUCGCUAGCCGUCAUGAUCAUGGACGGUCUGGAAGCGCUGCCCCGCGCUGAUCAACAAUUCAACCUAAGUUUCGAAUCGUUCAAGGCGCCUAGUUCUAUGAUCGGACCUGAGGCCGUCGCCGGCGAUGACCCGCUCCACACCCCGGCUUCUACGACGGCCGAGUUGAUCACUUUCUUCGCCACAGAUGCCAUCAUCCCAGACCCAGUCCCGAUCUCAGCCGAAGCCCUGCCAGAUCUGAGUGGCGGCUCGCGACUCUCCUAUCGCGGCACCUUCACCGCUGCGGCGGCCUGGCCGCCCUGUCCUCCCGAGCCUCCGGGUUUCUUCGAGCCCUCGGUCCCCGUGGCGCCCGACUCCUUCGUGGGCUCCCUCGAUGGCUUCAAACCCACCGGAGUCUUCGAGGAUACCAAAUACCCGCCGUGGGGCGAACCGCGCGAAGAAGGUCCCUCGGCCACACUGGCUGAAUACAACCAGGCAACAAGUAAAGGCCACGAGAUUCUGAGCCAAGCCUACCAGAACAGCCCCAUACCUCUCCGUCUUGUGCCAGUGAAGCCCAGGAAAUACCCGAACCGGCCCAGCAAGACUCCUGUCCACGAGCGGCCCUACGCCUGUCCCAUUGAAGGAUGCGACAGGCGCUUCUCACGCUCGGACGAGCUCACCCGCCACAUCCGAAUCCACACCGGCCAAAAGCCGUUCCAGUGCCGUAUCUGUAUGCGCUCCUUCUCGAGGUCCGACCAUCUCACCACGCAUAUCAGAACCCACACCGGUGAAAAGCCUUUCUCCUGUGACAUCUGUGGUCGCAAGUUUGCCCGCAGUGACGAGAAAAAGCGACACGCCAAGGUGCAUCUCAAGCAUCGCCUCAAGAAAGAGCAUCCCUGCUGAGGCUGGACCUCGGUUAUGAGCUGUACAUAGUGCACUGUACAAAGUCCAUCUCGCACCCAGAAAUAAAAGUCUCCUCCAUCGCCUCAA